UUCUUCUCUUUAUUUUUCCCUUCUCUACGGAAAGGAAGAACUUCAUCAGUUCUGUCAUCUGUUCCUUUACAGAUUCUAUUUUACGUAAAUGGCAUUUAUUACAUCUUUUACUUCUUGGCAACUCUUGCAAUGAUUGUUUAUAAAAGUCAAGUUUUCAGUUAUCCAGAUGAUUUUUUGGCUCCUGAUCUCACCUUGCUUUUCAUUAUGGCCAUUCUUGAAGUGCUCCGAUUAUACUUGGGUUCAAAGGGUAACCUGACAGAAGAAGAGGCUCCAUUAGGGCUCAGUCUUGUGAUCACGGUCGGAAGUGUGAUUCUGUCUGUAUAUUUCCUGGUGUGGCAAACUUACGUGCUGAAAGCAGACGUCAUUAUAAAUGCUGUUCUUCUCUUUACAUACGGGCUUGAGUCAGUACUACAGGUCAUAGCCAUUGCUGCUUUUGUCAGCUAA